AUGGAGACCCGAGCAUCAAAAUGUGCUCGCCGUGUCGGCGUCGGCCGGCCGGCCGGCUGCUGCGUUGCAUCCCGUGUCUGCGAUGCUCUUCAUGCCAUUUGCGUGCGUGGAGAACGGCUGCUGGCAUCACCAAACGAGGUCCACGUCGAUACUACGAAGAAAGUGCAAAGCAGCAUGUCCAUGUCCACGUCCGUGACCGGCCAGCUCACCACCACCACCACCAGCGCCACCAGCGCCACCAGCGCCAGCGCCAGCAAUGGAGGAAUCGCGCCCCUGCCGACUCUCAGCUCCUCGUCGCAUUCUGGCUCCGAGUCUGGGAGCUCCGGCACCGGUCGUAUGACCAUGCCCGGCAUGGGCUCCAACAGCACCAUGACCCGCACCGGCUCCCCCCAGGGCACCCACAAGUCGGGCUCGGCCGAGGACACGACCGGGAGCGCCCACCGCACCGGCUCCGCCGCCACCGCCUCGGCCAGCAACGGCGGCAACGGCAGGGCGACAACGACCUCCAACCCGGCCGCGCAGGCCACCGCGUUCGCCGCCGGCAAUGCCGUCGCUGGCAUGGCCCUCGUCGCUGGUCUCGCCGCCGCCGCUCUGUGA